AUGUAUAAGAACCAGCUGCAGGAGCUGGCGCAGAGAAGCUGCUUCAACCUGCCGUCAUAUACGUGCAUAAGGGAGGGUCCGGACCACGCGCCGCGAUUCAAGGCCAUCGUUAACUUCAAUGGCGAGGCCUUUGAGAGUCCCAACUACUGCUCCACACUCCGCCAGGCCGAGCACUCCGCCGCCGAGGCAGCCCUCAACUCCCUCUCCUCCAGCGGUCCCUCCCACUCACUCGCCGCCCGCAUUCUCGAAAAUAACGAUGAGCAGGAGCAGAUAAGAAUAGCAAGGGCCUUACUGAACUAUCGUGCAAAGGAAAAAAUGGAAAUGGCUAACCCUAACAGAGUCCCCAUACCGUUUCAGAAAAAAUUCCCUAUUCCAACCCGUCAAUCCUCUAGUCCACAGCGACCUACAGCGCCCACAUCCAAAAUCCUUCCCUUAUUACACCAGAAAACUGCUCCUCGAAACAGACCUUCGUUUAUUGCAAAUGACAGUCAUAUUCCAUUGUCACACCGUCGACCAUUUUCACGGCCCACAUCUCCAGAAGUUCAGGCAAUACACAAUCCGAGGUUCCCUGAUGUUGGGGCAGCACCUUACCUCCCUGUUAGACAAUGUAGGGCGCCUUAUCAAGGGAUCGCGCCAGCGGUUACAAUAAGAAAUUCGGUGCCAGUUUUCUCUGCACCACCACGUCCACCACCUUCACAUCCUAUUCGGCCCCAAUCUGUGCGAGUAUCCCCACCUGUUUGUGUCCGGCAGGUAGUUCCUGUUUUUGCUGCUCCGCCUGUGCAUAAAGAAAUCCCACCACUACCUAUGACGACUUGUGCACCUCCAAAUAAAAGGCCACUCGAGGAUGAGGAAACUGUGAAGAAUUGCACAGACGGCAUCGAUGAAUCUACUGCAGUGAAGUGCUUGGAACAACUCGAGAUAUGA